AUGGUUGAGAAGUUGACCGUCGAAGAGUGCCAGACGCAUAUUCGAGAUAUCCGUGUCAGCCAUGGCGCAGAUGCGCGGAACGAAUCCGAGCGCUUCCUUCGCAGGGGAUAUGAGAGCAUGCUGAAGCUGCUAUCGGCACAGCUUUAUAGCGAGCCUUCUCAUUUUCUAUUCGAGCUCAUCCAGAAUGCCGAUGACAACGUCUACACGGAUGGCGACCAGCCUCAAGCCGCGCUCGCCUACCGCUCUGAUGGCCUACUCCUCUUCGGCUGCAAUGAGCAGGGCUUCUCUAAAGCAAACGUGAGCGCCAUCUGCGACAUGAAUCAGAGCACAAAAACCCUGUUGAAGGAGGGUAAAAAGAGCUGUAUCGGAGAGAAGGGCAUUGGCUUCAAGUCAGUCUUCAAGGUGGCAGACAAGGUCUGGAUCUCUUCCAACAACUUCUCUUUCAUGUUCGAUAAGAGCAAACCCCUAGGCAUGGUCGAUCCGGUAUGGGCAGAAUUCCCUCACUUCCCGGAGCAGCUUCAGAUGAACACAAUGAUUUGUCUCAAGAUUGAGAAGCAAGAAGACCGCGAUGCUGUCAAAGACCAGUUAACCAAGGUCCUCGAACCAUCUUCAUUCAUGUUCCUGCGUCGCCUUUCCAAGAUCAGAGUUGUCAGGCUUGAUGACUCUGGAGACACCUUCGACGAGAUCAUCAUGUCUCAUGAUCAGCGUGCUUUCACCGACGACCUACAACUUGUCACAACGACAAAAACCAAGGGCACGAGAUCAAGAAGGUCGCGCUACGUGGUCUCUGAUUACACUGCUCGAGAGAUGCCCUCGACUGAGCUGAGGCAAGGUGUCACGGAGACCUCGAUCAAGCUAGCUUUCCCUUUGGAUGACCAGCAACAACCACUCAUUGCUAAGCAAGACGUCUAUGCCUUCCUACCUGUGUGCUCUUCUGGUCUGCCAUUCCUCAUCCAGGCAGACUUCUUGCUGGUCGCCAGUCGCCAAGGCAUUGAUGAAUCUCAACCAUGGAAUCGUCGCUUACAAGAUCACAUCAUCUAUGCGCUUAUUCAGGCCUUCCAGAGACUCAACGAUUCUCAUCUGAAGUACCGCUGGCCUGCUUAUCUUCCAGAAGCCCAGGUCGCUCAUAAAUUCUUCGACAAGAUGAAGGACAAGUUCCUCGAUCGGAUGAAAGACGUGAAGAUCCUGGAAUCGAGGUCUGGUGAGUUUGCCAAGCCCAAGGUGAUGAUGCUGGUGCCCGACCAGUACAAGGACGAAGACGGAACCCCUCUUCUGACUCCCACAAAUGAUCGAUACCUCUCUACCAAGUACGACCCAAAUCACGUCUCUUCAUUGGUUACACAGGCUCUUGAUGGCAAGAAGUUCUUCGAGAUACUCAAGAACUAUGUCAUGAAACAGUCAGAAGAGUUCCGCAGCAGACCUGAUGCAUGGCACGGCAGAGUUUCCACUGUUCUGAUGGUUGAGCAGAAGCAGUUCAAUUUGGACGAACUUCUGAUUUUGCCUAUCGUUCCUCUCGAUGAUGGACUAUGGAUACCUGCGAAGAGCCGUGUGAAGCUGACAUACUCAAGAGCCGCAACUCGUAACACACCACCUGUAGCCUUUUACUUACCGCGUUCCGAUGCCAACAUUGUCAUACCGAAAGGCGUAUCUUUGUCGAUCGUUGAACACAAUGCUUCUCGCAACGAAGAACGCAGAAGCUUCCUCAGACGGAUUGGCGCCCAAGACCUCGAUUACGAAGACGUCCUUCAAGGCAUCAUCAAGCAGCACAGGGAGUCAAUGUCCAACGCCGACGUUGAUCUUCUGCUCUCUCAUGCACAGUACGUGUUCAGCAUGCCAUCAGCAUCUAAAAUGGCACAGAACUUGAGCACUAUCCUUUGGCUCGCAGACUCACGUGGCGAGCAAUUUCGAGGAAUCGAGCUACACAUGGACAAUCCUUUCAAAGUGCCAGUUAGUCAGAUCUUUGCUCAAAACCCCACGGUGAUACGUUUCAUUCAUCCCAAGUAUUUGGGAGCCUACCACGGAAACGUGGAAUUGCGCACAAGAUGGCUUGCUUGGCUGCGAGAGUGUUUGGGUGUGCAUGAUGUCCCUCGCCUGGCAAACAAGAUGAACAAGGGUUUGUCUGCAGAGUUCGAAUGGCUUGUCAACAACCUGCCAAGUGUACAAUGGCUCGCGUGUAUCCGAGUCAACUGGGAGGACUAUCACCUGAGUAAAGCUCCGAAGCUAGGCGAUGUGAGGAUCCCGAGCGACGAAGUCAGAAGCAGAAUUGAAUCUCUGGUUGUAGACUGCACUGAUGGCAGAAGAGCAAAGUUGAAAGACACCAUUCUACCUACCCUGCGCUCUGCUGUCAUGACCAUCCAGCAUAUGGGAUUCCACUUCCUCGAUGUCAAAGACGAACAGCACAAUGACUGGACCAAGCUGUCUACCUUCGGAGUCAUUACCCAUCGUGAUCUGGACUUCUGCCUCAAGCUCCUGAUGAAGUUCCCAGAGACAGGAAUGAUCCCAGACAAGAUGACUGUCAUCAAGCUGUACAGAGAUAUCCACAACUUCUGUGAGCCGAGCAUGGUCGCGAGAGAACGUACUCGUACCGCUUUCAGAGACUUACCCCUGAUCUUCCUGCCUGAGAGUGCACAAUGGGUACAUCUGCAAAGCUGUGUUUGGGAAGCUCCACCAUGCUUGCGAAGAAUCCGUCCCAUUGCACAUAUUUACGGACCCGCGCAGUCAUUCUUCAAGAACAUUCUUAGCUUGCAAGAUGCAGGCAUUGGAGACUUUGUCAACGAGCUACUUGCUCACGAGAAUAAUACCCCGUCCGUUGUUCAAAUCAAAGAGUUGUUGCUUGAGCUCAGCAGCCGAAUCAACCCUCGUCUGACCUACGAUCUGAAGGCAUUGGAGAACUCCCGUAUUUUCCCGGUCAAGAAUACUCAGAAGCAGCUUGUUCUGGUGCCUGGCAGUGAUCCGAAAUGGUUCAUCCCAGAUGGAAAGAACUUGAGCGUGUCCUUUUCGGGCAUGGUUCAUCUCCUAGAUUUCGGUCUGGGCGAUCAGAAGAGACUUGAACCCCUUCUCGAGAAGAUGGGCAUUUGGGGUAAACAUCUCUCGCAUUUGGUCACUAAGCGGGAAGUGGUCGAAGGCAUGGCCCAAGCUACGAAGGACGUCUCGCACACAAGAAGGUUCCAAGUGAAGGCUCAUUACCUCCUAUGUCUGACAAAUCCUGCUGAGAAAUACAUCAUGAAACCCCUGCUCGAGAGCAUCGAGAUCUGGGCCGUGGAGUCGAUCAAGGUGCAUCGCUCGAUACGCCUUGACAACCAAGAAAUCUGCGGUAAACCUUUACCUGCCAAUAUCAUGCUGGGCAAGGAUCAGCGAGUCUUUGCCCCUAUCCAGGAUCUCGAGGACAACUCCCUGAACCACUACGAGCUUUCAGAAAAGCUGGUAACACUGUGCAAGCUCGAGAAAGUGCCAAAGGAACUCGUCCUUGGUAUCCUUACAACUUCUUCCACUCAGCAAAUCGAGGACAUGUUAGAGGAGCAUGGGGUGAUCUUUGACAAAGUCGAAUUGCAAAAGCUGACCAACAACAUCAUCGGUGGCUUGGCAGGAGCCGCAUCGUCUUCCAGGCGUGUGUCCGCUCAACAGAUCCCCCCAGGGAUGGUCUCAGACAACGACUCUUCAUCCUCUGAUGACAGCGAUAGCUCUUCGCUGGCAGCUCUCAAGGCCAUUGGCUUCCGUGUCAAGCUUGCACGCAAGAUAAAGCCUGUUUCUGCUUCUCGCGCUAAUGGUCAGAACCACAGCGCCAGGCCUCGCUUCCGACCUGAGCCUAGCUCGGAUGAAAACGAUACAGAGCAGCUCUUAGAUGACGGGGACUGGGACAAGGGUACGGCACCCAUGUCGAAUAAUGCUGCCCCUUACAGAAGAUCUGCCAAGUCUAGUGAUGGGUUCAGCUACCAGGCAAAGUCCAACAACUUCGGCAAUAAACUUGCCAUGUCUGACGAGGACAUCAACGACAUUGACAGCGAAGAAAGCGAGAUUGUCACCGACACGAUGCAGCGAGCUCAGGCCUCCGAGUAUCGCAAGUUGGUCAGUGCCUCGGAGACCAGUUACGAAGACCCUCAGGUCAUCCGUAUCGGCGAGCAAGGUGAAAUGAAGAUGUACGGGUUCUUCAAGAAUCUCCUCGGCGACUACUUCACGAACGACAUGUGGACGAGUCACGCCAGUGCCAAAUAUACUGACCAGACUUUCGAUGGUGAUGACAGCCAGUUCGCCGACUUCACCAUUCGCGACCUCAGUGGUCGCUUCACUGACUGGCUCGUGGAAAGAGGCUGUAGGCAACCCAAAGAGUGGCUUGGGAAGAACGGCAAAGACUCGAUCACCUACUCAAUCGAGGUCAAGGCCACUUAUGGUCCCCGCACCGAGCCUUUCCAUAUCAGCCAGAAUCAAAUUGACAUGGCAAAGGAGCAACGCCUCCAGGGUGACGGUGUUCCUCAGAAAGUCUAUGUGGUGAUGCGUGUCUCAAACCUGGCCGGCAGUGGCCACAGUGGAAGUGCUCAGGUCCACCCGUUCGUUGAUCCUUACGGACUCUUCGAGCAGGGCGCUCUCACCUACAUUUCGCCAGGUGGUUAUCUGGUCUUUUCUGAUCAGUAG